CAGCCUCAGUUGAUACCGAUCUGUUACUGGUACCUAGAACCCUGAUUCCAAUUGCCAUGUGUGCCCUCUCCAGAAAGUAGAAACCACUUCUCGCUUCCACAAAGGGAAGGGAAGGAAGAAACCAUAGGAGCUCUCUGUCUCAGUUUCAAGACUCGAGACUCUCAAUGGCGGCGAGAAAUGCUCUGCUGAAGCACCUGAGAGUUAACGUUCAGUCGCGAAAUGCAACUCCGUUCGCUUUCUCAUUGAACAAUCUCUUUCUUCGCUAUUUCUCCUCCGAGGAGGUCAGAGGCUCUUUCCUCAACAAAUCGGAGGUCGCUGACCGUGUCAUCAGCGUUGUAAAGAACCUUCAGAAAGUCGAUCCUUCCAAGGUUACACCAAACGCCAAUUUUCAGAAUGAUCUUGGACUUGAUAGUUUGGACACUGUAGAGAUUGUUAUGGCUUUUGAAGAAGAGUUCGGAUUUGAGAUCCCCGAUAACGAAGCAGACAAGAUCAGCUCCAUUAAUCUUGCUGUUGACUUCAUUGCUUCACACCCACAAGCAAAAUAGAAAAAAAAAAAUUAAAUUUUGUCCCUCGCGUUUUUUUUGAAUCCUAGUUAGCCUUACCUUGGAAUUAUAUAGCUCACGAGAAAAGCCUGAAUGUUGGUAAAUCGUUGGUUCUUCAGAUUUUCUUUGCUUUUCAUCUUGGAAGUUCUUGUUGAGUAAGAAAAACAAGAUUUGAAAUUUGCUAGCGUUCACAAUAAUUUUCUAUCUAGAGGACUUGCCAUACUUUGUCCAUGACUGUGAUUUAGAAUUUUGAAAUCACUGGUGGAAAAGGGAAGGCAGGAGCUGUUAUUACUGUUUAAAUAGACCUAGGUGUAUGAACGUUGUGUACUAAUGAUGAUCUGUUGCACGGUAUAACCUUCGUUAUC